AUGGACGACCUGAAGCAGAAGAGACACGAUGCGAUUGUGAGGGCUGGAAGAGCUUGGAUGGGUGGAAAUGUGAAGAAUAGGGGUGGCGAGGUCGCGAUGUUUUAUGCGGAGCAGGCGAGGGAGCUCCAAGAGCAGGUGAAGAAGGAGGCGUUGGGUGCAGCGAGGGACAAGGUCGAGGGUACUAGGGUCACUGCGGAUAAUGGGACAACUGUGGAUCUACACGGGACUAUUGUUUCUGAGGCCGUGACGAUCGCGAAAGAGAUCCUUGCUGAGCAUGGCGCUACGUCCGCUCGUCCGCUGAAAUUCAUCACCGGACGGGGAAAUCACUCUGUCGGCCGUGUUGGAGUCUUGGGUCCUGCCGUACGGUCUGCGCUUGUCGAAGAUGGCUGGAAUGUUUCUACCUGGGAUGCUGGCCUCGUCGUCCGUGGACGAAGGUGA